GUGUGUCUUUAAGGUGAACCUGUGGGAGAGAAUGGCCCAUGUGGGAGACUACAAGCAGAUGCCCUGGCUCUCUGUCCUCUUGGUAUCUCUGAUAUGCUCUGCCAGAGCAGAAUACUCCAACUGCGGUGAGAAUGAGUACUACAACCAGACCACAGGGUUGUGCCAUGAGUGUCCCCAGUGUGGGCCUGGGGAGGAACCAUACCUGUCCUGUGGCUAUGGCACCAAAGAUGAGGACUAUGGCUGCAUCCCUUGCCCAGCAGAGAAGUUUUCCAAAGGAGGCUACCAGAUAUGCAGGCGCCACAAAGACUGCGAAGGCUUCUUCCGGGCCACUGUGCUGAUGCCAGGAGACAUGGAGAAUGAUGCUGAGUGUGGGCCUUGUCUCCCUGGCUACUACAUAUUGGAAAACAGACCCAGGAACAUAUACGGCAUGGUCUGCUAUUCCUGCCUCCUUGCACCUCCGAACACCAAGGAAUGUGCGGGAGCCUCCUCGAGGGUCUCUGCCAACUUCCCCAGCACUGCUGGCAGCAGCACCCUCUCUCCUCUCCAGCAUGCCCAUAAAGAGCUCUCAGGCCAAGGACACCUGGCCACAGCUCUGAUCAUUGCCAUGUCCACCAUCUUCAUCAUGGCCAUCGCCAUUGUCCUCAUCAUCAUGUUCUACAUCAUGAAGACAAAGCCUUCUGCCCCAGCCUGCUGCACCAGCCACUCAGUGAAGAGUGUGGAAGCCCAAGUGAGCAAGGAAGAGGACAAAAAAGAGGCUCCAGACAGUGUGGUGAUUUUCUCAGAGAAGGAUGAAUUUGAGAAGCUAGCAGCAGUUCCAGCAAAGAAUGCCAAGAGUGAGAAUGAUGCCUCGUCUGAGAAUGAGCAGCUGCUGAGUCGAAGCAUGGACAGUGAUGAGGAGCCUGCCACUGACAAGCAGGGCUCCCCUGAGCUGUGCUUGCUGUCACUGGUCCACCUAGCCAGGGAGAAGUCUGCCACCACCACAAAGUCAGCUGGGAUUCAAAGUCGAAGGAAAAAGAUAUUGGAUGUGUAUGCCAACGUAUGUGGAGUUGUCGAAGGUCUCAGCCCCACGGAGCUGCCCUUUGAUUGCCUUGAGAAGACAAGCCGAAUGCUCAGCUCCACCUAUAACUCUGAGAAGGCUGUUGUGAAAACAUGGCGCCACCUAGCGGAGAGCUUUGGACUAAAAAGAGAUGAGAUUGGAGGCAUGACAGAUGGCCUGCAGCUCUUUGAUCGUAUCAGCACAGCAGGCUACAGCAUCCCAGAGCUGCUCACAAAACUGGUGCAAAUUGAACGGCUGGAUGCUGUGGAGUCUUUGUGUGCAGACAUACUGGAGUGGGCUGGGGUCAUGCCACCUGUCUCCCAACUACCCACUACAUCCUGAAGUACAUGCCUGUGGGCUGUCCUUCUUGGCAUAUACCAAGAAUCUAAUCAGGGCUCUGGAGCUGUGGGUAGUGCCAACAGACUGCCAAGAAUCAAGACCUUUUGUGCUAUGUCACCAGGGUAUGCCUUAGGCCAGCAGUCCCCAAUAUUUUUGGCACCAGGGACUGGUUUCAUGGAAGACAAUUCUUCCAUGGACCAGGGU